AACUACCUUACUGUAAAUCAAGUGCUAUGGCGCGAAACAAUGUCAUAAUUAACAGAGUUCAAGACGCAGUAACAUUUGAAGAAGAGAAAAAUCGUUUUUUCUCAAUUUGUCGUUCGGGAAAUAUAUUCGAGUUCAUGGAGUCCGUACCCUUUCUUAGCUAUGUUAGACAUUUGGUUCGUGAGUACGACCAUCAUGGAAGAUUAUGCACCCACAUAGUGGCGAGAUUUGACCUUAACAAUGCAGUGAUGAAAAUCGAACUGCUUCUGAAUAUGGGCGCAGAUGUCUCCGCAAGAGAGUCUUUAACUGGAGAUUCGUUGCUGCACAUCGCUGUUAGCUCAAAAAACUAUGAACUAGCUGAGUGGCUGUGCCGAGACUUGAAAGCUAAUUUGAUCGCUAUCAACUAUGCUCAUAUGACUCCGUAUCACCUAGCGUACUUUUUUCGUGAUCAAAGAAUGAUGGAUAUUCUUAAAUCCAAUGGAGCCGUUUGUGACGAUUAUGUUACUAAUGGCGGUUCAGGUGGAUUCUAAGUGAUGUGAUAAGUGUCAGACUGCGAAAGAACUUUUUUGACCGGUAACACGUGUUCUAUCAUCUUAUUAUUGGGCAGUCAAGAGUCAAUAAAUUACUUAACCCUUCAUCAGUCGCUUCAUUUUUUAAACCUUCUCUAGUCGCGCGGCGAGUGUUCGAUCUAUUAAAUAAGUAGCAUUUUCAGUUAAAUACUUGUAUUUAUUGUUAAUCAGUUAUUACAAGCUAUA